CAGAAAUGAGGAUGUUCAGAUCUUGGAAUGGUAGAAAUAUUAGAAAAUCGAUUUUGACCUUCUUCAUGGGCGUUGGUACUACCCUACUGAUUAUAAAACUGAUCGCAUCAUUUCAAUCCGAAUCGCGCUUUUACACAAACUCAACACAAAAUGAGAAACCAGAUGAUAAUCCUCGCCAUCUUCCGCUGAUAUUUAUUGGAGGUCAUCAGAGUUCAGAAUUCCUUGAUCUUCCAUGGGACGACCGACUUCUGCAACAUGAAAAAUACAUUCAUAAUAUUUCUAUGUUGAACAAAUAUGAAGCUAGCUCAGUGCAAGUUGUCAAGCCUAUUCACUUGGAAUCUUUAACUGCUUGGUCUAGGAAUGGCUCAGUUAUUCCGAAAGAAUACAUUUCAACCAUGCAUAUGAAUAGUCGAUUAUUGAAGAAACUUGGUUACGCUACCAAUGAAAUUCCACCAAAUUAUGAAGAUUUAUGCAAAGUUGACUCAGUAUUGUGAAACAAUGCGAGAAAAAGAGACAAGAAGAAGAUAGGUAUAGAUAGAUAGUCAGAGUGGAGACGAUGCUUAUCUUGGCAAUGACGAUAACAUUUCAAUCGUUUCAUCGGUAUUUUUUUUACUGUUUUUACUAUUUUUGUACAAAGAAAUACAUCUUCAGUAGGCUGAUGAUUAUUGUGAUUGAUAUAUUACAUCGUAUGACGAAUGCAAUCACCUGUCAGAGAAAAAUACUAAAAUUUUCUGAAAUACAAUUUACAAAUUUGUGUGUUGGUAAAAUGGAAUUUCGCCUUAUCGUAUUUCUAGAGCAUUAAUAUUUUCACAAGGAGUUAUUUAAUUUGAUUGAUGGCUAGCUAAUCCAAUGAAAUCAUCUCUAGGAGCUAGAAGUGAGAAUUUAUAGUUAGUAAUUUUAAGACUUUUUAGUCUAGGGUGUAAAAUAUCUUUCGAAUAUGUCAUUUAGUUGUGUGGAGCAGGUGCAUGAGUAGUCCAAUGAUAGAAUGCACGCCGAUUACUCUGGAGGUCUGGGUUCGAUUCUCAGUCAACAUACUUGGUAAUCACUACUAGUUCAAUAGAAAACCGUAACUUUAGGGAAGAGAGAAGGUGUGGUGUAUUUUCUUACCCCACAAAAUCCGACACCGUGGUUAAUGAAACGUCAAAGUUCAAAAUGGAAGGAAUGGAAAGGUAGAGCAGUGGAGUACUCUUCACUUAAAGACUUAGUUCUACUGCUGCACUCAACUGGUGACUCAUCAAACAGAAGAAAUCGCACAUUGUACAUUUUACUUAUGAUAUGAUCUACGUAAGGCAAACAAGCAGACCUGAUCAAUAUGAAAACUGACGCAAAUACACGAUUGUUCAAGCCGUGAAAAUGAGAUAGAAGUUAUUAGAAAAAGCCAAUUAAGAAUAAGAAAAGACGAAUUAUUCUAAAGUCAUAGUACAAAUAAAUGGUCAACAGGCUGUCCCCAUAACCUGAAGGUAGUGGAUUCGAUCAAAGUUGGGAUCCUAGGUGAGUG